AUGAGAAAAUACCGAGGCAAAAUACUAUCGAUUAAUAUUAAUAAUACAAUUUUAAGAGGUACACAAACAAUUGGAAAUCUUGAUAGCAGUAUUUUCGUUGCGAAAAAAUAUUAUGAAGAAGAGGACAAUUAUGAAGAAGAGCAAGAACUAACAAAGGAUAUUUUACCAGAUGGAACCAAAAUUAAGAAAUCAGCUUCUUUUAAUCUUUUUCAAUCGGAUGAUGAUGAUCCCUCUGAAGAGCAUGAAAAUAUUCCAUCUUUUGAAGAAACUCUCAAUUCUAUACUUAGUAGUCGAAAAAAAUGGAUCUUGCCUUCUAGCAAAAAUGUUAGUGAUGUUAUUACCAGAAACGUAUUCGUAAAUGUAAAGACAAUUCAAAAGAAAAAGAAUACAUUACCACAGAAAGUACCACACUACGUUACGAACAGUAUUGGUCACCUUUAUAAGUCCAAUUAUUUUGACUGA